AUGCUCUGUUUGGGCUGGAUGUUUCUUUGGUUUGUUGCAGGAGAGAACACCAUGGGAUUUAAUCAUUCAGCUUGUGCCACCAAAAACCUUCUGUGGACAUAUUCUGCGAGGGGUGCAGAGAACUUAGUCCUAUUUUGUGAUUUACAAGAGCUUCGGAGGCAAAAUUUCUCCCAUAUAAGUCAACUGUCACCCACACAAGGUCCUGCUCACAAACCUUGCAGUGGUAGUCAGAAGGACCUCUCUGAUGUCCAGUGGUACAUGCAACCUCGGAGUGGAAGUGCACUAGAGGAGAUCAGUAGAAACUCUCUUCAUACGCAGAAGAAAGGCAUGCUGCAUAUAUUGGCCCCUCAGAUGAACAGCAUCGAGUCAUAUGUUUGUAGACCUAGAAUUAGGAGGCCCCAGGAUAUGGCUUGUUGUAUUAAGACAGUCUUAGAAGUUAAGCCUCAGAGAAACGUAUCCUGUGGGAACUCAGCACAAGAUGAGCAAGUCCUACUUCUUGGUAGCACUGGUUCCAUUCAUUGUCCAAGUCUCAGCUGCCAAAGUGAUGUACAGAGUCCAGAGAUGACCUGGUAUAAGGAUGGAAGACUACUUUCCAAGCAUAAGAAGAAUCCAAUCGUGGUGGAAGAUAUUUAUGAUUUUCACCAAGGCUUGUAUGUAUGUGAUUACACUCAGGCAGAUAAUGUGAGUUCCUGGACAGUCCGUGCUGCGGUUCAAGUGAGAACCAUUGAUAAGGACAUCAAUGUGAAGCCAGUCAUACUGGAUCCCAUUACAGAUACACUGGACGUAGAGCUUGGAAAAUCUUUAACUCUACCCUGCAGAGUACAGUUUGGCUUCCAAAGAUUUUCAAAGCCUGUAAUAAAGUGGUAUGUCAAAGAGUCUACACAGGAGUGGGAAAUGCCAUUAUUUGAGGAGAAAAGGAUUCAAUCCACUUUCAAGAACGAAGUCAUUGAACGUACCGUCUUCUUGAGAGAAGUCACUCAAAGAGAUCUCAGCAGAAAGUUUGUGUGCUUUGCCCAGAACUCCAUUGGGAACACAACACGGAUCAUCCAGCUGAGGAAGAAGGAAGGGGUGGUGUUUGUACACAUCCUCCUCGGCACGGCCUUGACGCUGGCGGGCGUUCUGGUGGCAGCUGCUUUGCUCUACUGGCACUGGAUUGAAGUUGUCUUGCUAUGCAGAACCUACAAGAACAAAGAUGAGACUCUCAGGGAUAAAAAGGAAUUUGAUGCAUUUGUAUCCUAUGCGAAUUGGAGCCCUCCUGAGACUGAAGCCACGGGAUCUCUGAGUGAGGAACACUUGGCUCUGAAUCUUUUCCCAGAAGUGCUAGAAAACACAUAUGGAUACAGCUUGUGUUUGCUUGAAAGAGAUGUGACCCCGGGAGGAGUGUAUGCAGAUGACAUUGUGAGCAUCAUUAAGAAAAGCCGGAGAGGAAUAUUUAUCCUGAGUCCCAGGUACAUCAAUGGACCCCAAGUCUUUGAGCUGCAAGCAGCAGUGAACCUUGCUUUGGCUGAUCAGACAUUGAAACUAAUUUUAAUUAAGUUCUGUUCCUUCCAAGAGCCAGACUCUCUUCCUUACCUCAUCAAGAAGGCUCUGCGGGUUCUUCCCACAGUCACGUGGAAAGGCUUGAAGUCGGUCCACGCCAGUUCCAGGUUCUGGACACAAAUUCGUUACCACAUGCCUGUGAAGAACUCCAACAGGUUUAUGUUCAACUGGCUCAGAAUUUUCUCGAAGGGCUUUUCCCCUGAAAAGAACCAAGUGACCUAGAAACCCCUGGGAGGAAUACCCGAGGCAGGGAACAGCCACAGAGCUCAGAAACUCCUUCUCUCCAGCCACCAGAAGAGGUGCUGAUGGGCAAGCAGAACUUGCUGUGUGGAUCAGGCUGAUAGAAUAUUGAGCCUUUCUGCUCUGAGCACCAAGCAAGCUUGACAGGUAGUGGAAUGAAGCAGCAUCUGUGGUUUUAGAGUCUGAGUUUCUGGAACAGAUACAGAGAGUAAUACUCCAGACCUCUGCUGUGAACUCGGCACACAUUUCCCUGAGAGUUUCCAAGUAGCCUGAGCAGAAUCAACAGAAAUAACUCCAUAGGCUGUCCAACA